UCUAUUCUUCCUAGAAAAAAUGGGGUCCAAAAAUAUCAAGCUUCCAAAAAUAAACUUUUCUCAUGAAGAUUUAAAGCCAGACACACUUGUAUGGAAUCAAGUGAAAAGCCAAGUCUACAAAGCACUAGUAGAAUAUGGUUGUUUUGAAGCUUUCUUUGAUAAAAUUCCAACAAACCUUCAAAAAUCUAUUUUUGAAGUCUCGCAAGAGUUUUUUGAUCUCCCUUUACAAACCAAACUUCAAAACAUUUCAACCAAACCCUUCUAUGGCUAUGUGGGACAAUACCAUCCUUCAAUUCCACUAUUUGAAAGCAUGGGAAUUAUUGAUUCUAACAUCCCUCAUAAAGUUGAAAAAUACACUCAACUUUUAUGGCUUCAAGGAAAUCCUUCUUUCAGUAAAACUAUCCAAUCAUAUUUAGAGCAACUAUCAAAGUUAGACCAGACAAUAAGAAGAAUGAUUGUGGAGAGCUUAGGUGUUGAAAAGUACAUGGAUGAGCAUAUGAAUUCGACCAACUAUCGUCUUCGAUUGAUGAAGUAUAAGGAACCUCAAAGCGAUGAGACUAAAAUAGGACUACAUGCUCACACAGAUAAGAACAUUGUUACUAUACUAUACCAAAAUCAGGUGAAAGGUCUUGAAAUUUUGACCAAAGAUGGACAGUGGAUCAAUGUUGAUCCUACACCUGACACUUUCACUGUCAUGAUUGGAGACUCUCUACAUGCAUGGACAAAUGGUCGGAUGCAUGCACCAUUUCAUAGAGUGAUGAUGAGAGGAAACGAAGCAAGGUAUUCAAUUGGUUUGUUUUCAAAACCUAAAGAUGGAUACAUAAUAAAGGCACCAAAAGAGUUGGUAGAUGAAGAUCAUCCUUUACUCUUUAAGCCCUUUGAUUUUCAUGAAUUCCUUGCUUUCGGCUACACUAAAGAAGACAUGAAAUGUGAUUUUUCUUUGAAGGCCUAUUGUGGAGUCUGAAUUUAAUUAACUUGAUUAUAUUUACUAGUAGACUAAAUAAAUAUGCUCCUUGUGAGUA